UGAAUGAUUUCGUGCGUUUCUACUUGCUAGACGUGAUGGUCUAUGUGUCGGAUAUGUAUGCACGGUAAGACAAGCAAACGGUAUUCUACCAAGUUCAAAGUGACUGCUGCCUGACAAGCAACUCACUCAAUUGAAGGAGUUACGCCUAUUCACUUCUUCCAUCCAACAAGCUAUAAGAACUCCUUCCUUCCUUCAUAAACUCUCUUCUCUUCAUCUCACACUCUUCUCCGGCCACAAGCGAGAUCUCCAUCAACCAAACACCACUUCCAACCUCCACCCACAAGAAUCACCAUGUCGAACAUCGGAAACAUCAUUGGCGGCCACAAGGCCAACCUGAGCAACCCCAAUACCUCUGAGAAGUCAAAGCAGCACUCGCUCGAAGUCAUCGAGAAGGAGACUGGCACCGAGGCCACCUCUGGUACCGGCGCUACCACUCACGACGAUGAUGGCAAGGACCCCAUGAGAGUCGCUGCUGGCCUCAAGGCUGCUCUUCACAACCCCAACGUCUCUGAUGAGGCCAAGGAGGGAGUCAAGGUCCACCUCGACGAAGUCACCCACACUUCUCACGCUGACGACGGCAAGGAUGCCACCAGAGUUGCUGCUGGCCUCAAGGCUGCUCUUCACAACGACAACGUCUCUGAUGAGGCCAAGGAACACGUCAAGGAGCGUCUCGCCGACAUGCAGUAGAUGUCCAGAGCUAUCAACACACGACGGCCAUCACGACUUGACGAUCGAGGCCAUGAGAUUGUAUCACCAUAAAUAAGGGAGAAGUGAAAAACUCAUGAUCCAUCUGAAAUCAACAACUUCCAAUCCUCACAUAGCUUUUUCCUGUGUGC